AUGAGUAAUGUAAAUAAAGAAAAGAGACUACUACUUUUAAUUACGCGUGUGAAUAUGCUGAUAAAUUUAUUACAGACAAGAUUAGCUUAUCCAUUAAUAUAUCCAUUUAAUACUACAGCAUUGAAUAAUGAGAAAUCUCUGAAUUUAUAUUUGGAAAAGUUAAGGAAGGAAGGAAAUUUUGAUGAGCAAACAUUUAUGAAAUCCUUAGGCUUUAUUACCCCUUCUAUUAUAUGCUUAACAAAAUUAGUAUAUAUCUUAAAAGCAGGUUAUUCACUUUGUAAUUACACAGGAGUAAAUAAUAAAAUGAUAUAUAUAGAAAGAAAGAAUAACAAUAAAAAGGUGAACCUGUUAAAUGAACAUGAGAAAAAAUUACAUUUAUUGAAACCCCAAGUGUGGAGAUUACUCAAACCAAACGACGAAAUGAACACGAAACAUUUAAAAUGGAGAAAAUGA